GGGGAAGGUAGUAACCCAACUCUUUUGCUCAGAGGUGGUCACUGUUCCUUUAUUGCCAUCUUCCUGGGAGAUGCUGGGAAGGGUUAAUUGUGUGGAGGCCUCAUUUCUAGAAGCCCAUAAAUGGGAGUGGCCUUCUCAGCACACCUGUUUCCUCUCCUUCAGGGAGUUGGCCUUGGCAAGAAUUUUAUUUUUUGGCUGCCUUUUCUUUAGUGAAAUACCAAGAGUUUCCAGGAGUAGCCCUAAGAAGAAAAAUGGAGAAGCAUGACUCAUCAGAACCUGAGCCAUGGCGGAGGUCACUGGAAGGUGGAAGAGAAACUCAUCACACCCAAGUUGGCUCUCAGGGCAAUCUGCAGAUGAGUCCAUCUCCAGAAGAAACUACAAGACCAAAUGAGGCAGCGCAAUCAUCCCGGGAGCUCUCAUUGCAGGAACAUCUGAGUACAGUGGACUUUCCUCCACCACAGCAGGGUAACUCAGAAGAGCAGACGGACUUACUAUGGGAUUCCUUUGGGAGGCUUCAGAUCUCCUCCGGAGCUGCAGAUGAUUCCGACCAACUGCCUGGAGGACAAUGGGCAGCCGAAAGCAUGCCAGGUGUCAGUGGAGAAUGUCCUGAGGCGCAAAGAAGUUCCACUACAUCUGGGACAGAAGGCACUGUAGAGCGUUUCCCCAUCUUGGUUGAGCUGUCUGAGGUGCAAGAGAUGUUGGAAGGGAUGUCGCUUGGUUCUCUCUUCCCAGAUCUGAGUCCAUUAGAUCCCUUGGAGAUGGAAAUAGAGCCAAAGGGAGAUGGAGAGGCCAGCUGCCAUGACCAAAGAAUAGAGUUAGAGAACAGUGACUCAGCAGAACCUGAGCAGACGCCACCGAGGAGGUCGCUGGAAGGUAGGAGAGAGACUCCUCAAAGCAGUUUGGAGAUGCAUGACUCAGCAGAACCUCAGCAGCCACAGAGGAGGUCACUGGAAGGUGGAAGAGAGACUCAUGCCAAGUUGAAGAAGCAUGACUCAGCAGAACAUCAGCAGAUGCCACAGAGGAGGUCGCUGGAAAUUGGGAGAGAGACUCUUCAGACUGAGGUUGGAUAUCCAGGCAAUCUGCAGAAGAGUCCAUCUCCACGAAAAAUAAGAAGAACGAAUGAGGAUCUGCAGCCAUCCCGGAGAAAUUGCAGGAAUCUCUCAUUUCAGGAAUCUCUCACUACAGUAACAUCUCCCCAAGCAAAGCAGGAUAACUCACAAGUGGCGCAGGAUUGUUUUGAAGGUUUUCAGCCUGGAGGACAAUCAGCGACUGAAAGCAUGGCAGGUGUCAGUGGAGAAGCUCCUGGAGCCCAAAGAUUUGCCUCAUCUGGGACGAAAGACAUUGCAGAGCAUUUCCCCAUCUCUGUUGAGCAGUCUCAGCCUAAGGUGCCAGAGUUGUUGGAAGAAAGAUUGCUGAAGAUGGAGGUCAAGGCAGAGGGGGAUGGGAAGGCUGGAUUGAAAGACCAAAGAAUAGAGUUAGAGAACAGUGACUCAGCAGAACCUGAGCAGACGCCACCGAGGAGGUCGCUGGAAGGUAGGAGAGAGACUCCUCAAAGCAGUUUGGAGAUGCAUGACUCAGCAGAACCUCAGCAGCCACAGAGGAGGUCACUGGAAGGUGGAAGAGAGACUCAUGCCAAGUUGAAGAAGCAUGACUCAGGAGAACAUCAGCAGAUGCCACAGAGGAGGUCGCUGGAAAUUGGGAGAGAGACUCUUCAGACUGAGGUUGGAUAUCCAGGCAAUCUGCAGAAGAGUCCAUCUCCACGAAAAAUAAGAAGAACGAAUGAGGAUCUGCAGCCAUCCCGGAGAAAUUGCAGGAAUCUCUCAUUUCAGGAAUCUCUCACUACAGUAACAUCUCCCCAAACAAAGCAGGAUAACUCACAAGUGGCGCAGGAUUGUUUUGAAGGUUUUCAGCCUGGAGGACAAUCAGCGACUGAAAGCAUGGCAGGUGUCAGUGGAGAAGCUCCUGGAGCCCAAAGAUUUGCCUCAUCUGGGACGAAAGACAUUGCAGAGCAUUUUCCCAUCUCUGUUGAGCAGUCUCAGCCUAAGGUGCCAGAGUUGUUGGAAGAAAGAUUGCUGAAGAUGGAGGUCAAGGCAGAGGGGGAUGGGAAGGCUGGAUUGAAAGGUGUUGGUCCAGUAAGCAACCGUGAGGAGGACAAUCUUUGUUUGAGAAGACCUGAGCAAAGCAGCCAAACUCAGGCAUCUCCACAUGGAGAAAUGAUGACUUUUGAAGCAGCUGAGAUGGAAGAAGCACCUGGAAUUCAGUAGUCUUGAAAUCUGUGCCCAGCUUGAUCCCACAAUAAUUGAUUCUUUCAUAGCUGACAGACAUUCAUCUUAAGACCAGUUCUAAACUUACAGCUCAUAAACAAAUCCACCCAGAAGAUAAGACAUAAAUGCCCAGAAUGUGGAGAAAGUUACAGCAGCAGUUAUCACCUUAAAAAACGCAAACAAUCCCACUCAAAAGAAAAACCACAUAAAUGCUCAGUGUGGGAAAAGUUUUAGGACCCAAUCCAACCUUUUAGCUCAUAAAUCCACACAAGUGGGAAGCUGUAUGAAUGUUUAGAGUGUGGGAAAAUUUUUAUUGGUCAUUCCUCCUUUUUAGAACAUAACAGCUUUGUAAAACACAAACAAUCACACACAGAAGAGAAGAAAUACCAAUGCCCAGAAUGUGGGAAAUAUUUUUGUCAUAGUUCCUCGUUUUCAAGACACAAACAAUAACAUACAACAUACAAGAUAAAUGUAAGAUCCAGCCUUAAGAAACAUAUGAAAAGAAGGCAAAUAAAGGGGGUGGCCUUGAGUGAUCUUGUGUAUGGGAAUCCGCUCUGUACCAGUUGAGUAAGAUUGCCCAGUUGUGGCUUUCAGAUUUCUUUUGGGACUAAUGAGUUGUUAAUUUUUAGUGGGAAGGAUUCUUCAAUUGUGCCUCUCAGUUUGUUCCUUGCACCUGGUUUUUGCAAGCCUGGAUCUCCCUGCAAUGCAAAAGCUAAGUAGUGGGACCCACAAAAGAACUGGGUCAUGUUUUACUCUUCAUUGGAGAGAACCGUGCAAGAAAGAUUCUUGGUGUCCUGGUUGGGGUGGAGCUUUCAGAAUAUUGGCCCGUGAAUCUGAAUUUCCUUACUGAACUAGGUUCAGUCUUUUAACUAUGUCUUUUUUCAUAAAUGAUCAUGCACUGUCAGAUCUUUUUAAGAGGGUUGUUACCGUAUUAAUGUAUUUGCUAUAUAGACCUUGAGUCUUCAUUGCGUUUUUUGGUUCUCGGUUGUCACACUAUAUGCUGUUUCGUAUGAAACACAGUGGGAAAGACGCAGGGGGAUACUGGGUUUUUAAAAAAUGAAAUAAAUAUUAUAAAAUUUGAGGGGUUGUUUUUUUGUGGGGGGGGGUUGCUAUUGAUUUUUCCUUUUGCAGCAAUUGUCUUUAAAGUCAAUUCUUAUACAUGUUAGACUUUUUCCAAUAAUAAAAACGUUAAAUUUGUAUAAA